GUGCAGGCGUGUGUCAGGGAGAGGUAUAAAAGGUUAAAGUCACCCUCUCUGGGGGCUAAUACAGUAAGAGUCUGAGGAAUCAGGGAAGACUAUAGCUGUAUCAGGGAAUAUACGAUGCUGGUAUCCCAAAAGCAUGUGCAGGCCGUUGCUGUCAUGGUUCUUGUCGUCUUCACAGUCGGUCACUGUCAGGAGAAUGAAAGCAGGCGAGCGGUAACGGAGCACCAGCUGAUGCAUGACCGUGGCAGGACCAUCCAGAGCCUGAAGAGACUCAUCUGGUUGUCCAGUGCCAUGGAGGGGCUCCACACCGCCCAGACCCGCUCCUCCUCCCUGCUUCCCCCCACCGCACUCAACCCCAUGCCGCGCUACACCCCGGGCCUCUCCCCUGCCCUCAAACCACACUCUGCUGGCUCACAAUCUGGGGAGGCAAGCAACAACCACAAGGGGUCACUGGAGAGACUUAUGAAAAUCUUCUUCAGCCCUAACCUCAUGGACCUCUCUGAGGGGGAACCAUAGACCCCGCAACUCCCGAACCAUCUCUAUUUCGCAUUCUGUGUCGCUGCUUUGAUUGUCAAUGAGUAUGUUAGCCUACUAAAAGUCUACACAUGAAAGUAAAACAGACCAUGACUUUUAUUCAUGGGUAUCUGCUUUGAGCCUGCUAUUUUUGGUAUGUUUUUCACCCAUCAGAUCUCUCAGCCUGGUCUCUUAGCCUCGUAACAUAGUAAAUGUACAUCCGGGACACUCAAAUAAACUAAAGUAGGUUGGGUGGGCGUGUAACGCGAAUGUCUAGAAACCUUAAGGUUGUGAGUUUGAAUGUCAUCAAGGACAACUUGAGCAUUUUUGCUAAUUAGCAACUUUCAACUACUUACUACAUUUUAGCUACUUCCCCUAACCCUUUUAGCUGAUCGUUCCCCUAACCUUAACCCUUUUAGCUAAACCUAACCCUAACUAUAACCUUAACCCUUUGACCUAACUUCUCAACUAAACUCUAACCCCUAACCUCAACCCCUAUUCUAGCUAACUUUAGCCAGCUAACUAAUGUUAGAUACCUGGUUAGAAUUCAUAACAUAUCAUACAUUUUGAAAAAUAUAACAUAUUGUAUGUUUUUCAAAUUCAUAACAUAUUGUACAUUUUGUAAAUUCGUAACACAUAAUAUGAAUUUUAAUUUGUAACAAAUCAUAUGAAAUGGGUGAUGGACAUCCACAAAUGAAUACAUAUUAUAUGAAAGGUAGCAUAUCAUACUAUAUGGAGUGACUCGGAUUUACAUGCAGAAUAAUACUAAAUGCUCUGAGACCAGGUUGGAUCUCUGUGAAGAUGUACUGUAAAUGUCAACUAGUGCUGUAUUCAACAAUGCAUGGUCGUCUCAUUAAAAUACUUUUUCUUUAUCUGCUGAUGAUGAUCGCAAUCAUUCUUAAUUGAUUCUUAAUUUACUCGA